GUUUAUGUGCACACCUACUUCUGCUUCCAGGGAACUUUUGCAUAUUAACACUCCCACAAACUGUCUAGCAGGAGGAUUUGAAUACUGGACAAGCGGACAGAUACACAGAGAGCAACAGACAUACACAGAGAGACGGACGGACAGAUACACAGAGAGACGGACGGAGAGAUACACAGAGAGAAACAGACAUACACAGAGAGACGGAAGGACAGACGGUUGCUGGAGAGAUGAAGCUGUGACAGGAUGAACGAACGUCUGCUAACGACCCCUGUCAUCAUGGGCAACAACUCCUCGGUGACCCAGGAUUCCAUGGCGUGUUUCCAUGACGACGAUGCAUUUAAGUACCGCGCCUACACCUUCACCUACCUACUUCUGUUUCCUGUGGCGUUCCUGUGCAACAUGGGAGCGCUCGCCGUCUUCUUCCUGCAGAGAAACCGCAGACACUCGGCGUCCUGCGUCGUCAUGGUGAACCUCGCCCUAUCAGACGGCAGCUUCUCCCUCACCCUGCCGCUGCGAUUGGCUUAUUACUUCAGGGGCGGAGUCUGGGACUUCCCUGAUUGGCUGUGCCGACUGUGCGUCUUCGGCUUCUACAUCAACCUGUACACAAGCAUCCUCUUCCUCACCCUACUGAGCGUGCUCCGUUGGCUUGCCGUGGCCCAGCCGCUCCGUCACCGCUCUCUGGCCACGCCCACUCGCACCCUAUUGGUCUGCAUCGGAAUCUGGCUGUUUGUGGGCACGUUCUCGGCCCCCUUCCUGUCCAACGGGAUCGCCAACAGGGCUGGGUUUCCUCGCUGCUUCGAGCCGUCCAGCCCGUCGUCAUGGGGACGUGUCCUUAUCCUGAACUACGUGGCGUUGGCGUUCGGCUUCCUCCUCCCGUUCCUCACCAUCAUCGUCUGCUACAGCCGACUCGUCCGCCGCCUCACGGCCAACUCCGCCAUCCACAGCGGCGCUGGCAGCGCUCUGUCCGGCGCCAGCAUCGCUCGCCGUCACAACCGCCGCCGCUCAGUGCACCUGGUCUCCAUGGUGACAGCAACCUUCCUGCUGUGCUUCCUGCCCUAUCACGUGAUCAGGUCGCUGCACCUGCACGCCGUGUGCGACGGCUGGAGCUGCGCGGCGACCGUAGCGCUGCAGCGUGCCGUGGUGGUGACGCUGUGUCUCGCGGCGUCCAACAGCGUGGUCAACCCGCUGCUGUACUACUACUCCACCCGCACGUUCAGGGACAACAUGAGGGACGCUCGGUCCUCGCUGAUGUCCAACCGGCGAGGGAGCAUGGUCGCCAUGAAGAGAAGGAACACCACCUGAACAAUAACUAAUUCCUUA